ACAAAAUUUCAGAUGGCCAGCAUGGGCUCAACAAAAUCCAACAACUUUUGCGCCAUUGACUUUGUAGAUUGCGAUCCGUAUCGUUCAAGUCUUCCCAGAACGGCAACGUCCUUUUUGCGAGAGCAGCAAACAUCAUGACAUCUCCAGAAACCGAGAAUGGGGUCCAUCAGGCGCGAGAAGACCAGCCACUUCUUCGCGCGCCUGAGGAGGACUCUUGGAAGCCGCCGAGGGGUUUCCUAUGGAUCCAAGUGGCCAUCAUGUCCAAUGUCUUUCUGUACGGCUUUGACGGGACCAUCACAGCUGCGACAUAUGCGGUGAUCAGCUCCGAGUUCGACGCAGCCAACACGGCAUCGUGGCUGACGACUUCGUACCUGGUCACAAGCACGGCAUUUCAACCUUUGUACGGCCGGGUGUCGGAUAUUUUUGGGCGCAGGGUGUGCUUCUUCAUCUCGACCAUCACAUUCGCCCUCGGCUGCCUGGGCUGCGGAAUUGCUGGCGAUAUUGUGCUCCUCAACUGCAUGCGUGCGUUGACUGGGUUCGGGGGUGGCGGCUUGAUGACGAUGGCGACGAUUGUGAACUCGGAUAUGAUUCCGUUCCGCAAGCGUGGCAUGUAUCAGGCGUUGCAAAACGGCAUGUUUGGUUUCGGAGCCAUUUGUGGCGCGUCCUUUGGGGGGUCCAUCGCCGAUAGCAUCGGUUGGCGGUGGUGCUUCAACCUUCAGGUUCCAAUAUCGAUCUUUGCGCUCUUUGUCGGUGCAUUGGUCAUCAAGAACCCCGAGGGCGGCUUUCACUUGGGCCAAAGCUUUCGAGAGACGUGGGCCACGGUGGACUUUACCGGUUCAUUCUUGCUGGUCAUUGCCAUCUCCCUACAGCUUGUUGGUCUCAGCCUCGGCGGCAACGAGCUUCCCUGGAGCAGUCCGUGGGUUGUAGGCUCGCUCAUAUGCAGCUUCGUCCUCCUCGGGCUCUUCCUGAUCGUGGAAGCAAAGACUCCCGCCAUUCCAAUCAUCCCGCUCCGCUUGCUUCACGGCAAGCUGCCUGCUUUGAUCCAGUUUUCCAACAUCUGUGUUGGAACAUCUGCAUAUGCGUAUUUGUUCAACCUUCCUCUUUUCUUCCAGGUGGUCCUGCUUGACUCUGCCACAACUGCCGGUGGACGCCUCGCGAUCCCCUCACUUGCGACUCCCAUCGGUGGCCUCAUUGCCGGCAUCGUCAUGUCGAGAUGGGGGAAGUUGGUGACCCUAGUUCGAGUCGGGGCCAUCCUCAUGGUUAUCGGGAACGCCCUGGUCACGUCGCUUGGCUUUGAGGACUCCGUAUGGAAGUACUACGUGUACAUAUUUCCUGCGAACCUGGGCCAAGGGAUCGUGUAUCCGGGCAUUCUCUUCACUUCACUUGCCACGUUUGAUCACGCGGAUCAUGCUGUGACCGCAUCGACGGUCUACUUGAUCCGCUCUCUAGGAACUGUGUAUGGCGUCGCCAUCACAUCUGCCAUUGUGCAAACCACGCUCAGCGUCCGGCUUCCGGAUGCUUUGGGCGAGAUACCAGACAAAUGGAGAGUUAUUGACGAGAUCCGACACUCGGUAUCCGCCAUCAAGACGCUUCCUCCGGAUGUGCAACUCAAAGCACGGCUUGUUUACUACGACGGGCUUCGCUACUCCUUUGCCGUAUCUACGGCUGUCGCGGCGGCUGCUGUGUGCACUGCUCUCCUUGCCAGAGCAAGAGGGCUUCGCAGCACCAAAUAA